AUGGCUGAGUUUCAACAAUAUAUUGAUAAAAGCCAUCAUGAUUUAGUCAACCUAUUAACUCACCAGAUGACUAAUAUUCUGAAUCCUAUCCUGACUGACAAUGAGUCAAAAUAUGAUCAACUCGUUAUACAAGUCGAAAGAAUUGUCCGAAUUGUUGAUUAUGAUGAGGGGCAGCCUAUUCCCCAAGAUUUAGUAGUAAAUCAAGAAAACGAGGAGAAUGUAGUUAAUAAUCUGGAAAGGGAAGAAAAUAUCUCUUAUCUUGUUCGACGAGAUCAAAAUGCUGAUGAAGUUUUGAAUAGACUUCACACACAAUGUGGAUAUCAUUACCAGGUGAUAAGGAUUGUCGAGGAUGCCCUCAAUAGAAUGGGUAUCAAUAUGGGUCUCAUGUAUCGAUCAUAUUUUGUUUUUUCUUUCCCUGCUGUAGUACAAAUGACAGAAGUGCUAAUGGGUGUAAUAAAUCUCAAAAUAAUUACAAAAUUUAUAAGAGAGGCUGGAGAGUCAACUGUCAAGCAUAUAGCUCGCUAUAUAGUCGAAUUAGAAAAUUUGGCAAAUAAUAAAAAUCUGAGAAUGAAGUUUUUUCCUGCUUCAUUAACAAAAAAUGUUUUCAAUUCGUUUUCAAAUUUAAGACCUAAUUCGGUUUUGACGUGGGCACAAUUGAAAAAUGCUUUUCAUGCUCAAUUCUAUAGGACAAAGUUAAAUGUCUCGUUGACAGAUUUGCUUGCAAUAAAAUGA